AUGGCGACAAAGGGUGCCAUAGACGAGUCGAAACUAAGUGACGAAGAUCGCACCUUUUAUCAAAAAUAUGGUAGACUACCACCGCCAAAAAAGGACUUGAUGAGUAAACGGAUGGGAGGAGGAGACCGCAAAUACUUUGACUCGGGCGACUACGCACUCUCAAAAGCCGGCAAAACAUCCGCUCAAGAUGUCGGAUCUCAACACCCAUCUCCUGAACGAAUCCCACAUUCAAUCCCGCAAAACUUGAAGAAUGGAAAAGAUGGAAUCCAGAAUUCACCUGUAAAGGAAUCGUUGCUGGCUGCUGGUGCGACUGGGGCGACGGCGGGGGCUGGGGAGGUCAAAGUUGGUGGUGAGACUGUGUAA